AUGCCACGCCACUGGCGGACGAAUCAGCUGAUCACCAGAGGCACCGUCGGCGCGUGCGUGGGCAUCUUCCUCGGGUGGAACUACGCUGAGCGCGGCCUCGUCUACGAUGCCGUCAACAACGGCAUGAACAGACUCCAGCGAGCCAAGCUCAUGCCUUCGCACUGGCGCGCACCUGAUCCGCAAAAAGUCUACCACCAGCUGAACGAGAAGACCAUUCAUCGCACGGGCAUGACGAAGAAGGACGACGACCGCGUAUCGUGGUUGUUGUGCAACCUCAGUCACAAGGACUUACUGCAUCUGGGAUUCAACAUGAUGGCGUUUACGUCUUUCGCUCCGGCGCUGAUGUGGAUGUCGACGCGGCACUACGUGGGAAUCCUUCUGGGAUCAGCCAUCUCGUCGAGCUUUUUCUCCGAAUACUACCACAAAGGAAUACCAAGUCAGGGACUGGGUUUCAGCGGCGUGGUAUCAGGUGUGGCUAUGACAGCGACCAUGCUCUUUCCUACGUCCACGGCCUCAUUGUUCGGCGUGUUAAAGCUGCCGCUGUGGGCGAUGACCGGUGGAUUCUUCCUACUUGACACUUAUCUGGCGGAGAGUGGGGCGCAGACAGGUAUUGGUCAUGCGGCACAUGUUGGCGGUGGAGCAUUCGGCGCGGUCUACUAUGCUUUGUUCCUCAGGCGGUUCGGGGGCGUGUUGGGACGGAGAUAG